AUGUGUGAGGCUUUACCAGUUCGUGAUCCAGGAGAGGAAGGCAGACAGUUUUUGCAGGGCUUCUCCGAGUUUGUCUUAAAGACAGAUGGAAGCAGGCAGUCCAGCCAGACAGAUUCAGGGAUCCAGAGGUCCAGAGGCAAAACAGAGAGGAUAUCCAGGCAGGCAGAGUACUAUGCUAUUUGCUGCAAGCCCCUGGUCUAUCGGAACAAAAUGACACCCAUGCGAGUGGCUUUAAUGAUUGGUGGCUGCUGGGUCAUCCCCACUUUCAUCUCUUUCCUUCCCAUCAUGCAGGGCUGGAACAGCAUCGGCAUCGACCAACUGAUUAAGGAGAGGCGCCACAACGAAAGCAGCAACUCCACAUCUUGUGUUUUCAUGGUUAACAAACCAUACGCCCUCACCUGCUCUUCGGUGGCCUUCUACAUCCCUCUGGUCCUCAUGGUGCUGGCUUACCAGAGGAUCUACAUCACAGCUCGAGCCCACGCCCUGCAGAUCAGCAUGCUACAGAGAGCAGGUGGGGCUGGCGCUUGCACUCCUGGUACCUCAGGUUCCAGCCCAGGAGUGGGUGCGUCGUCAGAGUCUGCUGACCAUCAACGCAACCACCGUAUGCGGACAGAAACAAAAGCAGCAAAGACUCUAUGCAUCAUUAUGGGAUGUUUUUGCCUCUGUUGGGCUCCGUUUUUUGUCACCAAUGUGGUGGAUCCAUUUAUAGGCUAUACAGUUCCUGAACAGCUGUGGACCGCCUGCCUGUGGCUGGGUUACAUAAACUCCAUGCUGAACCCCAUUCUCUACGCCUUCCUCAACAAAUCCUUCCGCCGUGCCUUCCUCAUCAUCUUAUGUUGUGGGAGGAAGAGGUAUCGCAGGCCGUCCAUUAUGACAUCUGCCACUACUUGCACAGCCACACAGAUCAACGGUUCAACACAUGUACUCAAUGGCUGCUCCUCUGCCUCCAAGCUGCUGCUCUGGUUCUGCAACACCAGACCAGUGCCUGUCUAGCUGCUGAAUUUCUAGGGCAUCACAAGGUUCUUUCAAGUAUUCUGUUCUUCACAAUGGAAAUCACAAAGAGCAGAAGAAAAAGUCUCUGCACGCAAACAUUGGCUCCCGCGAGUCCUGCUUGUGACCAUCGCAAC